UUUAAAUUUUACGAUUCGUUUUAAAUAGUAUUUUAGAUAUAUUAUUCAGUUAGCAGUAUUGUUUUAAGUGUGUACGAUGCCUAAUAUGACGAAUAAGGAUUUAAAUAUUCAGUGCGAUGGAAGGUGUGUUGUUCUUCCAUGUUGCUUUGUCGGAAGGAAAAAGUUAUCAAGAGUUAGCAUGAAAUCAUUACUGCCUUUUCCUGAUUACAAAGUUGUUUGAUCAGUUUGAUCCUUAUUUGAUAUUCAUUUGAGGUUGACAAUCCGUGGCUUCAAAAUGAUUGAAGAAUUGUCAUUAGUGCAUAUGGUCAUUAUUAUUUUGUUUGGUCUUUUGUUGUUUUUCAUGUUGUUUAUUAUUACCAAGAGACAGAUUUCCCGCCUGACAAUACGAUCUGCCCGUAGACCACACAUCAAUAUUGGAACAGGAAUACCAAAGAGUCUACAGAAAGAAAUCCAACGAAGACUUCACCAUGUAAAAAAUAUAAAAUUUGAACCAACAUUGCUUCAAAAAUCCUCAAAUGACACUGAAAAUGAUAUGUGUUCAGAUUCAGUUGACAGCAAUAAUAAUCAAAAAUUCCGCAUGAAAGCUUGUGAUGGUUUCUCAGUUCUUGAAGAGGAGAUUGUAAAACAUGACAUUGAUAAUGGAGAACGUCAUCCCACUGAAACAGUUCGUCAGUACCUGUACCGUUUACACACAAAGGGAAUUCUCACUAAAGUAUCCCUUGAACUAAUACGCAAUGUUGUUCUUCUCUAUGAAAAUGCCAGACAUACACCUCAGCCAUUUGAAGAAACAGAAUAUAACAAGUUCAAAGAAAAUCUCCAUUUGAUUAUCUCUCACAUUCGCCGUGUCUCAGCUGCCACCGAACAAACUGUACCAAAGCGAAAUGUGCAGGUAAUAUUUCAAGGAAUGAAAAAAGGACGUCUUGGUGGUACGAAGUCGAUGAUCCAGCCACGUUCCCGAAGCAACAAAGAAAUUGAGUCAGAUUUCUCACAAGAGUAUUGUCGAAUGCGCUCGAAUACUUUGCCCAGUGUUCAAGAGAAGAAGAAAACACCUCGUACAAAGAGCAGUGACCAAACAGCAUUAUUGGAAAGCCGGCACUCAAGUCAGCGAAGCAGUUCAGAUCAUUCUACAACAACCAGUACCCAAGGAAGUGUAGAGAAGCUUAUUCAUCCUUGUCACACAUCUACAACACAGAUGGCAUAGUUCUAAAAUAAAUAGAACAUUGUCUGUGUGUGUGUGUGUGUGUGUAUGUGUACGUAUAUGUAUAUCUCACUAAAGCUACUUAUGUAUUUAUGUAAAUUCUGUAAUAAAGCUAUUUAAUUUCCAA